GAGAGAGAGAGAGAGCGACAGAGAGGGUUCAAUGCACUGAAUAAGCAGUCACUCCAGGAGUCACAUUGUUAUCCAUCACAUAUUUUUCCAGGACAAGUAGAUGUGAGCAGUGUGCACAUAUUGACAGAUGAGAAUAUCUGGAACAAAAGCCUUGUGAGACAAGCUGAUUGAUUUCUUUGUGGGUGGAUAUCAGUUUGCUGGCCAACGGUCCGCUGGAGAAACAAGAGUUGCCAUGGAAACUAUUUUGCUCUUCCUCUCUUCACUCCUGGUGUGUGUGGCUGCUGUAGCAGACCCCGGUGCACAGGAUGGUAAGGAGAAAGUUGAAAACCCAUUUGUUUAUGACUAUGAGAGCCUGAGGAUUGGGGGAUUGGUGUUGGCCGUGGUGCUGUUCACACUGGGCAUUCUUCUCAUUCUUAGUCGAAGAUGCCGCUGCAGUAUCAACCAGAAGGCCAGGGCCCCAGGAGAUGAGGAGAAACAGGAGGAGAAUCUGAUUGUCUCCAAGGUUUUGUCACGUGAACACACAAGCAGACGAGACAUCAUGUCUUCUAAAGGUGCAGACAUUGACCUUGAUGCAGACUUUGUAUAUGAUUACUAUACACUACGUGUUGGAGGUCUGGUCUUUGCUGGGAUCGUUGUGUUCCUUUCCAUCAUUAUGUUGGCAGGCAACAAGCUCAUCAGCUGUGGCAAAUCCAAGCCAAGACAUGUUGAAGAGGACUAAACCCAGGAGACUGCUGGAACGUGCUACAAUGCUGUCAACUGUUAUGUGUGUAAGAAUAUGAGGCUUUUGUAAUAAUAAAGUUUAUGUAACCCUG